AUGGGUGGCAAACGAAAGCGCGGGGCCAAGGACAGUUCUAAUCUUGGCCCUGGCCUCCCAAAACGAGCCAAGGGCGACUCCAAGAUCCCACACGCCGCGACGAGGCCCAGCCUAGAACCGGCCCCAUUCGUCGAGGCUCCCAUUGCCGACGAAAGACGCCGAGAGGCCGCGCUCUACGAUCUCCUCGGAAGCGAGGACGAGGGAGACAGGAUUGCGGCAGCCGACUGCAUCGUCUCGAGUCUGCUAGGCGACCAAGGGGUUCCCGAACCGGUGCUUCAGAGACACCUUGACCGGCGCCUCUUCCGGGGACUCGCGAGCGGCCGCAAUGCCUCGCGCCUUGGCUUUAGUCUCGUCAUCACUGAGAUCAUGAGUCAGCUAUUUGGCCAGAAGAGCAGCCUCGAGUCCAAGUACCCCGGCCUGACGUUCGACUCGGUACUGGCCCUGUUAGUGGACAAGACGCAGGCCGUGGGCAGCCUGCCGGGGCAAGAGGAGCGAGACCACUACUUUGGCCAGCUCUUUGGCAUCGAGUGCUUCGUGCGGUCUGGCGUCGUGUUUGCCGACACCUCGAAAUGGGACGCGGUUUUGGACCUGCUCCUGAAGCUGGGAAACAAGAAAGUAUGGCUGAGGUCACAAUGCGGAUGGGUCCUGGUCCAAGCUCUGGAACAAAUGAGCGAAGACGAGGUCAAGAAUACGCUUCUCAAAGUCGAAGCUGCUGGCCUGGCCAAGACCCCGGAAGGCGCGGCGGCUUGGCUUGUUGCCCUGAACAGGUACCCUAAGCUGAGGUUGAAGCCCUGGCGCAACCCCCUGUCCUCCAAAUCUCUCAGUGAUCUGGCUGCUGUCCUAAAGGAAAGCUUCAAGGUCUCCAACACGGACGCCGAUGAAAUGGCACAGGGCAACGGCAAGCAGGUCGGCUGGUCUGCGCAGCUGCAUUUUGUGUGGGACAUUAUCCUCGGGUGCUUCGUAAAGGGGGGAGCGGAGGCGGACUUGGAUGGCCUGAAUCAGUUCUGGAGCCGCGUCGUCGACGACGGGCUAUUCUCCAAGAACGCGACCGACGGCCAGAAGUUCAAGGGCUUCAUGGUGUUUCAGAAAAUGCUUCAGGGGCUGGUAGAUCAAGAUGCCAAGCUCGAGUGCCUGUUCAGCAAGAACUUCAUGACGUGCCUGAUGAACCAAGCCGCCAAAGAAGACCGCUACUUGCACCGAGCAGCCGUGAAAACCCUGAAAGCCAUCGAGGGGCUGGUCUCGACCCAUCCCGGGGCUCUGGUCCCCGUGCUUCGAAAUCUCCUGGGGAAGAAUGGUGUAUACAGCUUCGACCAGCGCACCAGCACCAAGACCGUGGACAAGCUGCUACAGAUCAUCAACCUACAAAGCGCAGAAGGCGCCUUGGCCGUCAUCCGGCAACCUAUUGCGUCUCUGAAGCAGCGAGAAAAUGACGAGGCCAAAGUUACCCUGAGACUGUACGCCGACUAUCUUUCCAAGGUCCUGAAUGCAUUUGCGUCAGACGCCCCUGCAGAGUCCCUCUCCGAUGCCAAGAAGGGUGCUACGUACGGGCCCGUCUUGCAAGAGCUUUCCGCGCUGGCAUACUCGCAGCCAGAGGGCAUCCCGCAAGGUGCUCUGACAGAGCAGCUGCGUGAUCACUGCCGGUCCCGCAUUGAAUCCUCACUGGCGAGGCUGACGCGAAGGACGGACGACUUUAAGACUUUCUGCGGUGCGGUGGCCUCCAUCGACCCGUCCUCGCGGACCAUGACCGAAGAGAUCAAGUCAGCAAUCAACGAUGCUCUCUCUCGGAUGAAGAAGCUUUUGAAGAACAAGUCGAAGAAGCAGGACGAAAAGGGCCUAGCCCAGGGGCUGGCAAUGCUUCAUGCCGUGUCCAUCUUCCAACUGUACAAUGAAAACCCAGACGCGAUGGAAGUGCUGGACGACCUCGCCCAGUUCAGCGACAGGCUUAAGACGGGCCACGCCGGCGAUGGAGGCGAGGGAAGCUCCGAGCUCCUGGUCGAAAUACUCCUUUCGAUGGUCGCCCGCCCCUCGUCGUUGAUGAGACAAAUAUCGCAGCAAGUCUUUGAUGCCUUUACUGGCCAAAUCUCGGCCCAGGGGCUGGCCUUGCUCACCGACCCGCUCGCCUCUGGCGAAAGCACAAGAGGUGAGAAGGAGCUGUUCAACACGGAAGAGGACGGGAUGGAGGUUGAUGGGAGUGGCUCGUCGGAUGAGGAUGCCGCUGCUGACUCGGACGUUGAAAUCGACUCGGAUGUGGAGUUCGUGGGGCUUGCCGGCAGCGGUGAAGGCAGCGACGAGGAGGGCGGCGACGAGGAGGAGAGCGGCGACUAUGAGCAGAGCGGCGACGACGAGGACAAGAGCGACGCCGUCGCUGAGGGCCAGGCUCCGCAGGACCUCGACGAGCUGGUUGGCAAGAUCCUCAACAGCCAUCGCCUGGACAAGGACGACGACGCCGUCGAGUCCUGCUCCGACGGCGACAUGUCUGACUCUGAGAUGCUCGCCCUCGACGAGAAGCUGGCUGAGGUCUUUCGGCAGCGAACCAAGAGCCGGCCCGACAGCAAGAAGCAGAAAAAGGACGCCAAGCAGUCCGUCGUCAACUUCAAGCACCGCAUCCUCGACCUCGUCGACGUCUACGUCGGCAACGAGGCCCUCAAUCCGCUCGCCUUUUCGCUCCUCGUCCCGCUGCUGCGCCUCAUGCGCACCACGUCGGCCAAGCCCCUGGCCAGCCGCGCGUGCGAAAUCAUCCUCAACUACCAGAGGGGCUGCAAGAAGGCACGUGGCGGCGGCGGCGGCAGGGAGGGGGACAAGGAGGUGGCAGCGGCGGCGGGCGACCUGCUCCCGUUGCUGCUCGAGGUGCACGGCGAGGCGGCAAAGGACAAUUCGCACGCGUACUCCAAGGCGGCCAGCGCGGCCAGCCUCAUCGUUGCCUCGGCCAUGUUUGCCGCCGACCGCGAGGCCAUCAAGCAGAUGGCGGCCGUCUACGCCAAGACGCAGUCGGAGUGGGUGCUGGGCGAGGCCCGGCUGCAAAACUCUUUCUUCGCCGACUGGAACAACUGGUGUCAGAACCAUGCCUCGCAGGCACGCUCUUGA